AUGGCGGUCCACGUGGUGCGGCGCGGGAUCCUCUGGGCGCGGAAAGUGUCGCUGCCUCAUCUCUCCCUGACAGGUAAAAGAUGCCUGCUUUCUGCAGCAUAUGUGGACAGCCACAAAUGGGAAGCAAGAGAAAAAGAAGAUUGUCACCUUGCUGAUCUGGCAUCUUUAAUGGAUAAAACAUAUGAGAGAAAGCUGCCCGUUAGUUCUUUAACAAUAUCACGGUUUGUGGACAACAUUUCAUCUCGAGAAGAGAUAGACCAUGCAGAGUAUUACCUGUACAAAUUUCGACACAGCCCCAACUGCUGGUACCUGAGAGAUUGGACUAUCCACACCUGGAUUAGGCAGUGUCUAAAAUACGGUGCACAAGACAAAGCCUUAUAUACCCUUGUAAAUAAGGUCCAAUAUGGUAUUUUUCCAGAUAACUAUACAUUUAAUUUACUGAUGGAUCAUUUCAUAAAGGAAGAAAAUUACAAAGAUGCUUUAUCUGUGGUAUUUGAGAUCAUGAUGCAAGAAGCUUUUGAGGUUCCCUCCACCCAACUCCUCUCCCUCUACAUUUUAUACUACUGCCUGGCAAAGAAGACAGACUUCAGUUGGGAAGAGGAGAGGAACUUUGGUGCAUCCCUGUUACUCCCAGGCCUAAAGCAAAAGAAUUCGGUGGGGUUGAGUUCCCAGUUGUACGGCUAUGCGCUUCUUGGGAAGGUGGAAUUGCAGCAAGGGCUGCGGGCUGUGUACCAUAACAUGCCCCUGCUGUGGCAGCCAGGGUACCUCAACAGAGCCCUUCAAGUAAUGGAGAAGGUGGCCUCCUCCCCAGAAGACGGAAAGCUGUGUAGAGAAGCACUCGAUGUGCUGGACAGAGCGCUGAAGGCGGCUCUGAGCGCUCCGGCCCAGGGGUCUUCAGAGGACCAGCCCCAAGAAGGUGAGAAGACCCAGAGGUCAGAAGAACUGGUGGAGCAGCUGGAUGUGGAGGAAACUGAACAGUCCAAGCUUCCCCGUUACCUGGAACGAUUUGAGGCCUUACAUUCUAAGCUACAUGCUCUGGGCAAAGUUGAGUCAGAAAGCCUUCUGACCCUGACCACCCAGCUUGUCAAGGAACAGCUCCCUACCUGUGAAGCAGAAGACAUCGCUGCCUACGAGCAGAAGCUGCAGCAGUGGCAUCUGGAUUGGGUACAUUUGAUUCAGAGGGAAAAGGAGCAGAGGGAGAGGGCCAAGCAGGGGCAGGAGGCUCGAAGAGCAGCAGAGGCAUCUGCCUAA